CAUGAGCGGCCCCGGUGUUGGUUUCGAGUUCCCCCCCUUUGAAGUCUCAUGGCUGAAGCGUGAUCUCUUGCUCUUCGCCAACAGCAUUGGCUGCACUGUUGAUGAGCUUCAUUACCUCUUCGAACUCCACCCCAAAUUCGCCGCCUUCCCCACUUACCCGCUCAUCCUUCCCUUCAAGCACACUGACCAAGAGGUCGUCGACUUUUACGUCCGUACCAGCGCAACUCCGAUCCCUGGCGUGCCCAAGUUCGACACGAAGCGCUCCGUCGAUGGCGAGCGCAAACUCGAGGUUUUCAAGCCGCUGCCCGUCUCUAGCGAAGGUCGCCGCUUCGAGAUCCGCCAGAAGGUCCUGGGCGUUUAUGACAAAGGCAAAGCGGGCACAGUCGUUGAGACGGAGACGGUGCUUGUAGACAAGGACUCAGGCGAGGUUUACAAUAAGGUUAUUGGGUCGGGAUUUCAUGUUGGGCAGGGCGGAUGGGGUGGACCUAAGGUGCAGCAGCCACUGACACGACGUCUCCCAGGCCCCAAGAACCCCAACUAUAGCCCACCCGAGGGCAAGAAGCCCGACGCGACCUUCACGCAGCAUACAAAUGCCGAGACGGCACACCUGUACCGGCUGAACGGCGACUACAACCCGCUGCACGCUACGCCGGAGCCUGGCAAGCAGAUGGGCUUUGGCGGCACCAUCAUGCACGGCCUCUUCUCCUGGAACUCGACGUGCCACGGCGUGCUCAAGAACUUCGGCGCCAGCGACCCCGCCAAUCUCAAGGAGUUCCAGGCUCGCUUUGCCAGUCCCGUCAAGCCCGGUAAUACGCUUGUCACUGACAUGUGGCGUAUGGGCCCCGCCCAGGGCCACCCCCAGGGCUGGGAGGAGAUUCGCUUCGUCACCAGAAUCGAGGGCGGUAAGGUUUGUUUGAGCAAUGGCAGGGCAGUGGUUAAGGUCACAGAUGCGCCUGCCAAGAGUAAGUUGUAA